AUGGGAGGUGGGACAACCUUCCUCUUCCUCUCCAACAGGUGGGUCUAUUGGGGAAAGAUCGCCUGCGGCGCAGGUUCGGCAGAUCAAGAAAAAGAAAAUUCAAAAGAAGCAGCCUUCCUUGGGGAAACGUAUCCUAACCCGCCAAGCACGGGGUCGCAAGGUGGUUCCCCAAUGAGAGCCAUGUUCUGGAACAUUCGUGGUUUUGGCGUUAGGGGGCGCCGAACCAUGCUCAAGGACUACCUCCGUAAGCAUCAGAUCGAUAUUGUUUGCCUCCAAGAAACAAUUAAGCAAGAUUUUACAGACCAAGAGCUCAGAAGUUUCGAAGUGGGCGAGACUUUUAUUUGGUGUUGGUUACCUGCAUCGGGGAGAUCAGGUGGAAUGCUCAUGGGCUUUAGGGAAAGCAUGUUCGAGAUUGGAGCUAUUGAUACUGGGCGUCAUUCUGUCUCGGUGGAUGUGAUCCUCAGAUCGGCCAGGCUCACCCUCAGGAUCUUUGGAAUUUACGGCCCGGCUGACCAUACUCUCUCGGCAGCCUUCCUCCAGGAGCUUUCUAACAAGGUGGAGAACACCCCUUUGCCCAUUAUUAUGGGAGGGGACUUCAAUCUCAUUAGAACCGAGCAGGACAAGAACAAUGACAGGAUUAAUUGGCCAAGACUUGAACUUUUCAAUAACCAUAUCGCGGACUGGGGUCUGCGAGAAAUCCCGCGCACAGGGGCGCGCUUCACCUGGACGAACAAACAGUUGAACCCGGUCAGAUGUGUUCUGGACAGGGUGUUCUUCUCUCCAGUGUUGGAACCAAACUUUCCCCUCUACACGCUGACAGCGGAAACGAGCCUUGGCUCCGAUCACACGCCUCUCAUUUUCGACUAUGGCGAUGGGGUGCCGCCAAAGAGCAAUAGAUUCUUCUUUGAAUCUGGGUGGUUGGAAAUUGAGGGUUUCCAUGCUAUGCUGAAGGAUUGCUGCGACAGCCUCUCAGCUACGGUGCAAGGGAGGGACAUGGUCGAUUGGUGGAAGUACAUGACCACGGGGCUCAGACAAAAGCUUAAGGGCAGGAACACGAAUAAAGAAAGGGAGAACAGAGAACAUAAACAGCUGCUUGUUGAGAGGAUCAAGGAGCUCGAUGAGAAAGCGAUGCAGUGGGGAUAG